AUGAGAGAAGUGAUUGAUGAAGAGGCAGGAAAAGCAAUCGAAAACAGUUUGUCGGGUUUCAUUGACAAAAUCCAAAACACGAUAUUAUCAGUGGUGGAGGAAAGAAUCAAGAAAUUGGAGGAUAAUACCAAUGUCGCAAAGGAGAAGUCGGGAGGACGAAAACCUUGUUCUUAUAAAGAGUUCAUGGCAUGCAAACCGGCAAUUUACAAUGGGGAGGUUGACCCGAUAAUUUGCCAACGAUGGCUAAGUGAUAUGGAGGGAGUAUUCGAAAGGACCCAUUGCGAUACGGAUGACUACGUAGCUUAUGGCACGGGUCAGUUAAGGGGUCAGGCGAAAGAUUGGUGGGAUAAUAAAAAGAAAGAGAUCAGGGUUGAAGCAGCUAAGGCUAUGACAUGGGACGAGUUUAAAACGCCGUUUCUUAAACAUCAUAGUCCCAAGGCAGUCAUAAACAAAAUCAAGGAAGAAUUCAUGCAGCUUCGACACAAGGGUGAAUCUAUUGAUAAGAUCACGGGAAUAUUCAUGGAUAAGAUGAAGUUUUAUGACGAAUUGAUAACGAAUGAGGAGCAGAAAAUAUAUUAUUACUAUAAUAUGUUGAGCGCCGAGUAUAGGAAGUUUAUGACUCCUACAAAGUAUGAGACUCUCACCGAGAUUACAAACGUUGCUCGGGAACGGGAGAUAGAGUUGAAGAAACAGAUUGAAAGAGGUGAAAGAAGGGCGCAGAUAGUCAAUCUAAGCCCAAUGAAAAAGGCGCGCACAACAGAAUCCUCAAAGAAACAAGAAGGGAAAAGCGGGUCAUCAAACUGCAAGAUAUGCGGGAAAGGGCACAAAGGUGAGUGCCGGUUCAAGGACAAACCGUGUCCUAUAUGUGGGAAAACGGGGCACACGGCUGCAUUGUGCCCAGGGAAGGUGUCGGUGUGUUACAAAUGCUCACAAGAAAUCUGA